CUGCUUCCCUUUUCUCCUGUGCGGAGAACUGUGAGACAUACAGCACUGCUCAAGUUUAAGUGACUCUAUCCUGUGUUCUUUUAUUUUGUUAUCUUUGGAAAUAUUCCAUUUUCUUAGCAUUUCAGGUUACUAGAGCAUUCUACUUUUUGCUAUCUGUGAGUUUUACUGUUUCAUCUUUCUCCUCAAGCAACAUUAGCAUUGCUUCCUACUCUGCUGAAGAUCUCAAGAACUGGGAUACUAUCAGAGCAAUUUCCAAAGAGGGUCACUCUUACCUUGAAAAAUGGUGAAUAAAUACAAACAAAUUGUUCUGCUGAAAGGACUAGAGCCUAUCAGUGAUUAUCAUUUUUCCAUACUUAAGUCCUUACUGGCUUCUGAAUUAAAACUGACACAAAAAAUGAAAGAGAAAUACAACAAAAUCCAAAUUGCUGACCUGAUGGAAGUGGUGUUCAAGAAUGAUGCUGGAGUGCGCAAACUCAUAGACUUGCUUAAAGAAAUACCAGAACUUCAAAAAAUUACUGAAGAUCUUAAAAAAGAAAUAGCAAGAGUGAGGAGAAGUGAGUCCACUUUACCAAAGGGGAAAACUGCAGUGAAAGCUAAGAAGCAAAAAGAGGCAGCUCCCACUACACAGACAUCAACACCAAGCAACACGGUGGAAGAGACUCAUAACACUCAGAAACGAAAAAACACAAACAAAGAAAAUCCUGCUAGGAAAAAGAACAAGGUCUGUGAGGAGCAGGCUCAACCUGCCCACCCAGUGGAAGCUGACACAUCCACCGCUGCAGGCCUCUGUUUACCUCCUGUGGUUCCAUCAUCCACCCUGUUUGGAGCUUCCGUCCCUGAGGAAACACCGGCCCAGUCACAAGCAGGUGACAAAAGAAAUGUUCUCCGCAAAGGUCCCCUGAUAGUGAUGGUGCUGAAGACAUCAGAUGCAUUUGAGUAUGAGUCCUCAGAAGGGAAGAACAAAAUGUUUCAUGCUCUCGUGGUCACUGAGACAGGCUUUUUCCAAGUGAAAGUUUUAGACAUCAAUCUGAAAAAUCAGUUUACAAAUAAUAAGGUCAUUGCUAUUUCUAAUUACUUUGAAUGUCUUGGAGUCCUGGAGAUAAAGGAAGCAUCAUCUGUGUCUGAAGCUGUUACUCAAAUGCUUCAGGUCCCAAGCAGAGUUAUAAAACGAGCAAAUGAAACACCAAAGAUUGAUGAUAUACGCAGGGGAGGAUCAGGAACAAGCGUGUAUGGGUUGUUCACAUUAAAAAAGAAAACAGUGAAUAAGAAGAACACAAUCUAUGAGAUAGAGGAUAACACAGGACAGAUCAGUGUGAUAGGCAGUGGGAAGUGGCAUGAUUUAAAAUGUGAGGAGGGAGAUAAACUUCGACUUUACUGCUUUCAACUGAGGAGAAUUGACAAGCAACCGAAGCUGGUGUGCGGCAAUCACAGCUACAUCAAGGUCAUCAAAAGCACAAGAAGCAAGAAGAAACCAGUCAAUGUUGACUUAAACCUGGAAGUUAAAAAGCAAAGCCUGAAGUAUGAACCCGCUGAAGAAAAUGGUUACCAAUCAGGUCCCAAAGAAGUGAUGGUGUUGCAAGUGACAGAACCAUUUAUCUAUAUGAUAACAGAAAGUGAGCAUAGGAUGAUUCACGCUACAGUGGCUACUGAAAACGCAUUUUUCCGAGUGAAGGUUUUUGACAUGAAACUUAAGGACAAGUUCAUCCCCAAAAAUAUCAUUGCCAUAUCCAAUUAUGUUGGUCGAAAUGGUUUCCUGGAGAUAAACAAAUUCUCAAGUGUGUCUAAUGUGAGUGCUAAUCGAAAGAUGAACAUCAUCCCUGCUCUGAUUCAGCAAGCCAAAGCAACUCCUAAAAUCAGCCAGCUUGGCUCACAAAGUGAAGGAAAAUAUGUGAAUGGGAUAUUUCUGGUGUGUAAGAAACAGGUGAGAUCAGAAUGUGUUUAUUAUGACAUACAAGAUAAUACAGGAACAAUGAAGGUAGUGAUCUAUGGACGCCUGACCCUUAUUCCGUGUGAAGAAGGUGAUAAACUUAAUCUCACUUGCUUUCAAGUGGCCUCAACUAUGGAUGGCUGUGAGCUGAGAUCUGUACUGCAUAGCCACCUCAAGGUCAAUGCAGGUUCCUCUCACCCACUGCAGGUCAGUGUAAGGCUCCUCGCCAGUUCUGCUCCCAAUUCAGUUCGCCAAUUCCCAUUCUCAGAGCGUUUGCGUCACCGUCAGAAAUGCUUUGCUGGCUUAACAUUUCAGAAGAUUACAACAUCUUGCUGCACAGUUUCCCAGACUUCUACUGAUUUACCUUCCUCCACAAGCAUAACAACCACUGCUUCCUGCAUUGCUAAAAUCUCAAGAUCUGGAUUCCUGUUGAAGAGAUUUCCAAGAAGUUCACCUGUCAUUUGCAAGAUGAAAAGUACGUUAAAAGAAAUUGUUCUUCUUCAAGGCUUACAUCCUAUCAGUGACUAUCAUUUUCGAAUGAUAAAGUCCUUACUGGCCAGUGAGUUAAAACUGACAGGAAGCCAGUAUGAAGAAUAUGACAAAAUUAAAGUUGCUGACAUGAUGGCAGAAAAGUUUCCAAGCGAUGCAGGACUUGGAAAACUGAUUUCAUUCUUCAGUAAGAUACCAGAGCUAGAAAACACUGCUAAACUUCUCAAAAAAGAGAAGGCAAAAGUAUUAGAUAAAAAGAAAAAAAAUGUACAAGAAAAAACUACAAAGAAAAGAAGCAAGCAGGAUACAUUCGGUACUGAUCAACGUACACUCACCCCAGAUGAAGAUUACAAAAAAGAAUCAGUUUUGGAUGUGCCUUUGUCAAAGAUGAAGGAUACAUCUAGAAUGAAUGAGCAAGAGAUUGAUUGCUCAACACCGCAGAAGAAAAAAAAGAAACAGGAAAAUUCAACCAAGGAAAAGGAUAAAUUGGGAAGAAACACAGUGGAUCUGAAAAUUGGUGUGUUUCCAGAAACUUCUACUAUCGACACAGGUCUGCAGAGACCUCACAUUUCUCCACUCAGCUCUUCCAUCAGCACCUCAGCCAAGGAAGAGAAAAACACAAUCACCAAAAGAGAUAACUCCACUGAGACAUUAGAGAUUAAAGGAUCAACAAACAUCAUACCUCAUCCUGGGAGCUGUCUCCAGAACCCUUCAAAGUCUUCAGUCACAUCACUCAGCAGUCUGCAUAUUUCUCAGAUGCAGCCAACUCCAUGCAACAGUCAGCAGUCUCCUCAGAUGCUUACAACCACACUAUUCACCACUGAGAAGUCUCCACACACUUCAUCCAAAGGUGUCCAGGCAUCUCAGUUACAUCCAAAAAUACCGUCUUGCAGUCUUCAGACUCCUGAGAUGAUUGCAACACCCUGCAGCGGUGUCCAGACUUCUCAGAAGCCUCCAGUAGCAUCCAGCAGUCUACAGACUCCUCAGAAGCCUCCGACUAUACCAUCCAGCAGCCUGCAAACACCUGUGAGGCCUCCACAAACACCAUCCAGCAGUCUCCAGAUUUCGCAAAUGCCUCCAGUAGGAUCCAGCAGUCUACAAACUCCUCAGAAGCCUCCAACAGCACCAUCCAGUAGCCUGCAAACACCUGUGAGGCCUCCACAAACACCAAGCAGUAGUCUCUAUAAUUUGCAAAUGCCUCCAGUAGCAUCCAGCAGUCUACAAACUCCUCAGAAGCCUCUGACAAUACCAUCUAGCAGCCUGCAAACCCCCUUGAAGCCAACAAAAGCACCAUCCAGCAGUCUCCAGACUCCUCAGAGUCUUCUAGCAACAUCCAGCAGUCUCCAGACUCCACAGAUGACUCCAGCCACAACAUCCAAAAGUUUCUUAAACAUGAUGUCAAGCCCAAAGUAUGAACCUGCUGAAGAAAAUGGUUACCAAGCGGGUCCUAAAGAAGUGAUGGUGUUGAAAGUGACAGAACCAUUUACCUAUAUGGUAACAGAAAGUGAACAUAGGAUGAUUCACGCCACAGUGGCUACUGAAAACGCAUUCUUCCGAGUGAAGGUUUUUGACAUGAAAUUUAAGGACAAGUUCAUCCCCAAAAAUAUCAUUGCCAUAUCCAAUUAUAUUGGUCGAGAUGGGUUCCUGGAGGUACACCAGGCCUCAAGUGUGUCUAACGUGAGUGCUGAUCGAACAAUGAACAUCUCUCCUACUCUGAUUAAGCAUGCCAAAGCAACUCCUAAAAUCAACCAGAUUGGCCCACAAAGUGAAGGAAAAUAUGUAAAUGGGAUAUUUCAAGUGUGUAAGAAAACAGUGAAGUCAAAAUGCAUUUUUUAUGAAAUACAAGAUAAUACAGGAAAGAUGGAAGUAGUGGUAAAUGGACAACUGGCCAAUAUCCACUGUGAAGAAGGAGAUAAACUUAACCUCAGUUGCUUUAAAGUGGUCUUAAGUGAAGACAGCUAUAAGCUGACAUCUAUACUUUAUAGUCACCUCAAGGUCAUCAAAACCUGGAAAAACAAGAUGUAACUGCUCAAUUCUGAUUCAAAUGUGGAAACCUUACUGGAGACCUAAAAACCUGGAUGCCACCAGUAGUGAUGCUGACAGAGAUAAAAUCCAAGUUUAGGAAGAAGAUAUAGAAGAUCAAAGUUUAAGAAAAAAUACCUAAAACUCAGCUCUUAGCUGGUCAAGGUAGUUCAUACCUAAAAUACUAGCACCAGAAGAUGAAACAGAAGGAUCAAAAUUUUAAGCCCAGUGCUGGGGAUUUAGCUCAACAGCAUAAGCACCUGCCUUGCAAGCAUGGGGUCAUGAGUUUGAUCCCCAGAGCCAAAAAAAAAAAAAAAAUAGAUUAAGCCCAGUGUGAAUAAUUUAGAGACUUUGCAAUAUCCUAUCUCAAAAAAAAUUUUUGAAGGGUCACUGCAAUAUCCUGGUUUUGAUCACCACCACCAAAACGAAUAAACAAAAAAAGCAAACACCCAAAAUAUGAUUAAAAACAAAAGAACAAAACAAAACAAAAUGAAAAACAAAAAACAUAAAAGAGCUGUAAAAUAGAUAUUUUGAGAUUUUUUACAAUAUUCAUUUUGCAUCUUUUGCAUUUUCUACAUUCCAUAUUUUUACUCUAUAGCUUUUACAAUCUUAAAAUAAUAAACAUCUAUUUCUAAAA